GGUUAGUUAUUUUAUCUUUAAAUAAAGGAAGGCACAAAUACAAUAAUGUUUAAUCACAAAAGUAGGAUUCUGAAGAAAAGCUUAAGCACCGUUAUGGGGUCACCGAGUUUUGAUCGGAAAAGCUCAUGAACUCUGCGUCCGCGGUUGCCGGAGAUGCUUGUCCUCAAACGCUUUCGUAGGAAUCCAAAUACAAUCGCUCAAUCGUCUUCCCCGAACCCUCAAAUCUUUUCUCUUCCGGCUCCGAUUCCUCAAUGGCCUCAAGGACAAGGUUUUGCUUCAGGAAUUGUAAAUCUUGGUGAAAUAGAAGUUUUCAAGGUCACUAGGUUUGAGUUUGUGUGGAUCAGCAGUGCUGUACCAGGCACGAGAAAACCUGUUACAUUUUAUAAGCCUGUGGGAGUACCCGAUAGUUUCCAUAUCCUAGGUCACUAUUGUCAACCCAGUGACAAGCCUUUAAGGGGUUUUGUACUUGUUGCUAGGGAAGUUGGAACCUGCUCAUCCGAAACUACUGAUACCGACAACCGGGAGAAGCUACCUCCCCUGAGAAAUCCCCUUGAUUUUAAGUUAGUUUGGAGUCCUAAUGGAGGAUGUGGUUACUUUUGGCAACCUCUGCCUCCAGAAGGUUACAAGGCCCUCGGCUACUUGGUUACUAACAAACCUGACAAGCCUGAGUUGGAUGAAAUGUGUUGCAUUCGCGCUGACCUGACUGACAAAUGUGAACCUUACCGUGUAAUACUUGCUUCCGGUUCUAAAACUCCAGAGUUUUCAUUUCAGGUAUGGAGCUUGAGACCUUGUGACCGUGGCUUGCUAGGAAAAGGGGUUUCUGUUGGGACUUUUUUCUGCAGUAGUGGCUUUAACACGCGAGAAGAGCUUCCUAUUGCAUGCUUGAAGAAUCUCAAUCCUGUGCUACCUGCAAUGCCAAAUUUGCAACAAAUGCAUGCACUUAUUAAGCAUUAUGGCCCGACUGUUUUCUUUCAUCCUGAUGAAGCUUACUUGCCGUCUUCUGUAGCUUGGUUUUUCAGCAAUGGAGCCAUGUUGUACAGAAAGGGUGUGUCUAAAGGAGAGGGAAUUGAUGCAUCUGGCUCAAAUUUACCAGGCGGGGGAACAAAUGAUGGACAGUUUUGGAUAGACUUGCCGAACAAUGAUCAAAGUCGGCGUUUUCUCAAACGCGGGGACAUGAAUAGUGCAAGGCUUUAUGUUCAUGUGAAGCCAGCUCUUGGUGGAACUUUUACAGACAUUGCAAUGUGGGUGUUUUGCCCCUUCAAUGGACCAGCCACUUUGAAAGUAGGGAUUAGGAACAUAGCUUUGAGCAAAACUGGAGAACAUGUUGGUGACUGGGAACAUUUUACGCUUCGAAUAUGCAAUUUCAGCGGAGAGCUAUAUAGUAUAUACUUUUCACAGCACAGUGGUGGUGAAUGGGUUGAUGCUUAUGACUUGGAAUACAUUGAUGGCAACAAAGCUAUUGUGUACGCAUCAAAAUGUGGACAUGCAAGUUACCCUCAUGCUGGGACCUAUAUUCAAGGUUCUGCAAAACUAGGACUUGGCAUUAGGAAUGAUGCUGCUCGUAGUAAGUUGUACCUGGAUUCUAGUAUUCACUAUGAGCUUGUUGCUGCUGAGUAUCUACAAAAUGCUGUCAUUGAACCUCAGUGGUUGCAAUUUAUGAGAGAGUGGGGCCCCAAGAUUGUUUAUGAUUCCAAAACUGAGCUGGAUAAGAUCAUCAAUGCUCUUCCAAAAAUGCUUCAACAUUCGAUGAAGAACUUGUUUAACAAGUUUCCAGUGGAGCUGUAUGGUGAGGAAGGUCCUACUGGGCCAAAAGAGAAAAAUAAUUGGAUUGGAGAUGAAAGAUGGUGAUUUUAUGUUGGUGUUCAUCUUACUCUCAUAGCAUGUUUGGAUCAACUUUUUUUUUUGUUAAGAAUCAAUUCUGGCACACAGAAGCUGAUCACAAAAGUUGCUUCCCAAAAUUGAUUUUGGUUUUAUAAUCAAUUGUUGAAGAAUUUCCAAACAUGCACCGAUUGUUGGUGAACCCUACAAAUUCUAAACUGUAAUGUUGUAGUUAUAUGUGUAAACAUACUAAGCCACACACGAAAUAGAUGGAUGGUUAGCUAAUGAUUUGUGCAUUACUAAUAAAAAACUUGCAAAUAUCUCACAGUUGGAUUGAAUGAGAAUUUUAUACUUGCUGCCUCA